AUGACAUUCGGCGAAGAUUCCCGUCCUCUGGACCGCGACGCCCCAGAUGAGGCUUCAGCACUCAAGGCCCGCAAAGCUUGCAUCAACUGCCGGAAGCAGAAGAUGAAAUGCGUCCUCCAGGGUAGCAACGAAGCAGCAUGUCGUCGAUGUCGUCGAGCAGGACUUCCUUGUGUAUUUGUGCCCAGAGCGAAUGCAGCCCAGUUGCCCUCGCUCUCGGGGACUCUGGAUCUAGAUUUCAAGAACAACGUCUUAUCUCGGUUAAAGGUUGUCGAGGAGAGACUGUCCAUCGUAGCAGAUGGUGAUAUGGACUUUGGUGCGGUGGGAAUGUUCUCUGGAGUUUCAGAACAGUCACCAGAGCCAGUACCCGAUGGACCACUCUGGAAUGCAAUUGUACUCUUACAGCGGUGUUCCCCAGCCGUGCCACCAUCGAUAUGGCAACGUGAUAUUAUUGAGUCGCUCUGGUCCUCCUUUCAUGACAGGAUGCCAGGGCUGCAUUUCAUGCCCGAUAAACAGACAUUUUCAACGCCUCAACCAAUCUUACUGGCAUCCAUUCUCUACUGUUCAAGCAGUCGUGGGCCACCAGACGUGCUAGAAAUUGCUCCCCAAUUCUUCACAGUUUUAUGCAACGCCAUCGCUCAGCUGAGCAUUCCCAGCAGUGAGAUUGGGACACCUCGAGAGUCAACUGUCUCCCAAGAGGAAUGGGCCUUCCAGACUGUCCUCGGUAUAGUUCUCGCUGGGUUACUGACAGAGGGCAACAUAAAGGAAACUGGAAAUUGGAUUGCCAUUGGCUACCGACUAAUGCUGGACUAUUGCCCUGCUCAUGUUGACGACACGUCAAGAGAAUGGCGCAAACUGUUCAGCGGCAUUCAAAUCGUUGACCUGGAGCACUCAUCGAUUUAUCUGUCGUGCCCAGUGAUUCCCAUUGAAGCGCCACUUCCAAUCCUACGCAUGUCACCCCUAGAUCAGUUAUACAAGCUUUCCCGGAUGAUGCAUACGGGCCUGAGCCACUUUACUGGGCGAAGACUACCAACUAUCUGGUCUUGUUUUCAGGAAUCUAGUCUGAGCUACCAUGGAUCAGCCACAAGUUUCACUGCCAUUGAUGGGAUCCUCAUCAAAGAUUGGGCGAAGCAACUAGAUGACUGGCUUCAGGAGUUCAAGGGCAAGAUGACAGAACCCGAUGACCAAAGCAGCAAGUUGGUUCUCCGCCAGUACGUCCUCCAUCGAUUGCUUGUGCUAUCAAUCUACCAUCCUGCCCGAAGCGGCAAUCUUUGGGCUCAUAGCAUAACGUCAAAUGAGCAGGAAGAGUUACUCCUGUCAGCGAGGGCGACACUAAAGCUUCACCAGCAUGAUGACUCCAUUUGGGCAAACUGGGACUUGAUCAUGAUAACCUGGGCGGCUUUGAUCGUUCUGCAAGGGUUACAAGGAGGAGUGGGGGAGAUAGAUGGCUGCACCUCGAUAUAUUGA